GAGAGAGAGUGUGUGUGUUGGUGUGUGUUACUGACUUAAACCGUCGCGUGCCGAGACUUCUUCUUCGUUCUUUCUCUCUCUGUGCGCGUGCUCUCUCUCGGUGUGUCCGAAGGACCGAAUUCCACAUGGAUCUGUUGUAAAAGUGUCCCGAGUUUGGAAGAUGGCGGAUAAAGGCUCACUCCUGACCUCGGUCAUUAUUUUCUACCUGUCCAUCGGAGCGACCGUCUUUCAUCUGCUGGAGGAACCGAACUGGAGAAAUGCGGUCCAGAAAUACCAAGAGGACAAAGCCCGGAUCCUCCAAACACACCCGUGUCUGACCAAAGACGAGCUGGACACCAUCAUCGAGGUGGUGGCCACAGCAGCAGGUCAGGGGGUCACUAUCACUGGAGAGAAACCCUACAACCCGUGGAUAUGGCAGAACGCCGUCAUCUUCGCCGCCACUAUCAUCACCACCAUCGGUUAUGGCCAGGUUGCUCCGAAGACAACAGGUGGGCGUGUCUUCUGCAUUGUGUUUGGUUUAUGUGGAAUUCCACUGUGUCUCACGUGGAUCAGUGAACUUGGAACAUUUUUUGGCAGCAGAACCAAACGUCUGAGUCAGACUCUACUGCACCGAAGAUUCAGUGUGAAAACGGUACAGUUUAUCUGCACUACGUUGUUCCUGUUAUGGGGUUUGCUCUUCCACCUGAUCAUCCCUCCGCUCAUCUUCAUGUGUAUGGAGGAGUGGACGUAUCUGGAGGGGCUUUACUUCUGCUUUAUCACGCUCACCACCGUGGGCUUUGGAGACUAUGUAGCAGGUGUGAACACAGGGCUGAAGUACAAGGCUCCGUACCGGUUCUGUGUGGAGUUAUGGAUCUACAUGGGCCUGGCAUGGCUAUCACUGUUCUUCAGCUGGAAUGUCAACAUGGUGGUGGAGGCCCACAAAGUCCUGAAGAAACGCAGACAGAUGCACAGGCACAAACUUUCUCCUGAGCAGCUGGAGCAGAUGCACAAAGCACCACUGCCUCAUGCACCCAGCAUCGUGGACAUCUUCAAGUUCAUGUCAGAGAAAGGUGAGGACUACAGCGAUGUAAUCCGAGCCAUUGGCACAGCCGAGAAGAAGAAGAAGCAGCAGGAGGAGGAGCUCACACGCUCCAAGAGCUGCAGUGAACUUAAAAAAUUGUUGGUCCCGCUGGAACAGUCGCCACGCCAAAAACGCAGAUUCAGCAUCGGAGACAAUGUCUACAUGGUCAUCUCCAGAGCCAGAGGUUCCACUGGAGAUCUGGCAGAGAGCAGACUCCUUCAGGAGGAACUGAGUAAAGAUCCGGACCUAGGAAAGAAGAAAGGUUCAGAAAAGGAAGCUGUAAAGAGAUCAGCAAGUUUAGAGUUGGACUCAAGAAACGUCUACCAGAGAUCCAUUCAGAUUCCCAGCUUCAGGUUUAGCUUCGACAGCGAUGACUCAGGUAACCAGGAAGGAACCUCGAGGUUCUCUGUGACCAGAGUGAAUGAGGACUUAUUGGAGAAAGGAGAAGGCCCGGGUUGAGGAGCACAGAUCUUCUUCAGGAUCCUUCACCGCUUACAGCGCACAGUUAGGUGACUUCAUUAUGAACGUUUAUUUAAGUGGAGAACCUGACAAGAACCUGGUGAAAACACCAUUUAGAGCACAGCUCUAAAGAACAAUGUUAUUAGUUAGAUAAUCUGUGACCGGUUGUUUUAAAACUGCUGUAUGUGUGUGUGUGUGUGUUUCCUGCUUGACUUGUAUGAGAUGAAUGACAAACUGUAAAUAAAUGCAUUUUUAUACGGGCUUUAAAAUAAAAUCUGAGAUGUUCAG